CUGCUAGACACCUAAUAAAACUUUAUAUAUACUUCUGAGUUCUGUCCUUUUUCUUCACACCCCUGUGAAGACGACGAGCUCCACCUCAAGCCUCCAAUCUGAACUUAGAGUAUAUUUAAACUGUAUUUUACUUCAACUAUAUUUUUUAAAAUAUUUAGUUAGUUAAUAUUCAUCAUAAUUAAUUUUAUUAGAUUUACCUGAAAUUUUAUCUUAAAACUUUAAUUAUAAAAAAACUAUAAUUUAUAAAUUUUUUAAUCUAUUUAUUAAACUAUAAUAGUAAAAGCUAUUUGCAAUGCUAAACAUCCUUAAUUAUCACACUAAUAACACUCAUGAUCCAUGGGAAAUUCCAAUUCCAUGACAAGUCAUGAAACUUGUUUUCUUGGCUUUGCGAGCCGAUUGUCAGCUCUCCAAUUCAUCUGCCACCAACUGCUGCCCGAGGUCCCAAAUCUUACAGCGCACCUACUGAGAACAAAACCCAGCAAUCUUCAUGGGAAACGAGCUUCGAGAAGAUUGUCUCGAAUGCACACCACCUAUUUGAUAAAUUGGCAUAGUGUGGAACUUUGCAAUGGUAUAAUCCCACCACAUCCAUGUCGCCUUGUAUCUCAUUCAGGCAACAGCAGCAGCAGCCGGUGCAGUGCAUUCGGGACAGCUAUGGACCAGGUCAAAGCAACCGCUGCCUUCGUCGCCAACCGCUCCUCUCACGUUGUUGUCGACUCUGCAGGGUUAGAGAAAGUAGUCGAGAAUAUUCAAGAUAAGAUUCCGAAAAUAGAGUGGGAUUUUGAAGGGAUUCAUUAUUUUGACAACGGACCUCUCACCGUUCAGUACCUCUUUGUUUUGGACACGCUCAAUUUUUGCUUUUGGCCUGACAAGAACUUAAAUUAUGAUGAUUUGGCUUCGGGGUUAAAGGAGGCUUUGGAAAAUGACAAAUCUGUAUUUGAUGCUGAUCAUCUGCAAAAAAUCACCGGUCUUCAAUUACGCAACUUGUUAAAGUGGCCCCGACCACUUCCUCUGGAGGACGAACGAGUUCGUCUGCUGCAUGAGGUUGGUUUUGAGCUGGAAAGAAGUUUUGGGGGUAAAGCAUCGAAUCUAGUGGAAUCCUGUGGGAGAUCAGCUGCAAAGCUUGUUGCCACUAUAGCCAGUCACUUUCCUGGCUUUCGAGACCACUCUGUUUACAAAGGCCACCAGAUAUUCUUGUAUAAAAGAGCUCAGAUAUUUGCUGCUGAUCUAUAUGGUGCUUUCAAAGGCCAAGGAUAUGGAGAAUUCAAUGACAUUAGCUCCAUCACUAUAUUUGCAGACUAUAUUGUCCCAGCUAUGCUGCGGAAGCUUGGUGUGCUAAAAUAUAGUUCAACCCUUGCCAGCAUAAUUGAGUCUAAUAAAGAAAUAGUUUCAGGAAGUGAGGAGGAAGUUGAAUUACGAGCCUGUUCCAUAUAUGCUGUGGAGAAAAUGAGGGACCUGAUUAGUGUAAAAUUAGGAAAACAGGUGCUGAGUGUGGAGUUGGACCUAUGGCUCUGGGCUUACGGUGUUCAAAAUCCAUCUCUUCCACACCAUCGGACACUCUCGAUAUAUUAUUGAACAGAUGCUACGCUAGAGCAGCUUUAAUAAUUCUGUGGGAGGAGGAUACAUUUUACCUGUUAAAGUUUUGAGGUUAUUCUUAUAAACAUACAAGAACUAAUCCAUACAUCCUUCGCUCUCCUUUCUGAAGGGCUAAACCUGUUUUUGAAGACACACAACUCUGUUUCAGUCAUUUGACGUUCGUACUCCAAGAAAUGUUAUCUCUUGCGUGGGCAUUAUUCUUAUUGCCGUUUAUUUGAACACAAGAAAUUUCUUAAA